GAAAUUAAAACGUGCUCCUUUCUCGCGCAAGAAGAUAUCUCACCUUUCUAUCGAUUCAAGUUCGGUUUGAUAGUAGUUAGUGGGGGAGGGAGGUAUCAUUGACCCCAAUGGUUCCUUUCUUUUCUCGGUCGCUCUCAUUUCACCCCUUUCACCAGGAGUGCGCGCGCGUGCUCCACAUCCAUUCAUAUUCGCGGAAUGUACGCUACUACGAGAGAGUAAUAAGUACUAUCUGUCCUGCCAAAGCGGACGCUCUUUCUAUAUCAAGCUAUUAUUCGCGAGGUCUAAUUUACUACGCUCUACUACAAGAGAGAACUUUCUCAAUUUGACCUAAUCAAAGUUUGAGAGAAGAUUUUGAUGUCAUUCUCUAAAGGUGAGAAGAGAAGAUAGAAGAUAGAAAAGAGGGGGCUUUUCUCCCCUUCUGUGAAGGCCGGGCUUGACUUGGGACACACGAUACACCACGUCUGUCUGUCUGUUUGCAUGUAUAAGUGUGCUACACAUUGGCAUUCACUCUCGCGUCGUUUCAAGAUGGAGAGAAAACAACGUCGCGAUUACUCUCGCGCAAGGUGGUUGUAAACACAAGCAGUGUCGUCGAUGAUCCUGCCAUUUUCACGCGAAAUCGUGCGAUGGCAAAGUCCGUCCUGAGUUCGGACACGUUGCCGAAGGCAGGUCGUGUGAAUGAAGUAUGUCGUGAAUGGCUGGUGCACGAGGAUGGGGCGCUGGCCUACCGGCUCCAGGAUGAAGAAAUCAAAGAACAUUAUACAGGCAAUAAGACGCGUAAUGCACAGGUGAGGGAAGAUGCGCCACGUGCCAGAGUUGAACAGGAAUUGGAAGCAUUGAGAUAUCAAAACUACGUUCAACAACAGGAAGAGAGAGAUGCGCUUGUCGCGCAACAAAUCGCGAUUUCCCUGGAGCGAGAAGAGAGGCAAAGAGAGCGCGAGCUUCAAAAUCUGAUGAGAUUACAAUUAAGAUUGGGAGAUGAAGCUAUGCAGCAGGAUAUUGAAAGACGUAUACAGGAAGAGAAAGACGAGGAAUUGGCGAGAAAAUUACAGCAACAGGAGCAAGAGGAUCAUCCGGACGGUCCGGAAGACCAGCAAUUAAUGUUGGAUCAAAAACUGGCGAUGGAAGCACAGGACGCAGAGUUGGCAAAAAUGCUUCAGGAUAAAGAACGGGCAAAAGCACGUAAAGCGCGAGAGAGAGCGAGACAAAAAAAGUUGGAGCGUGAACGUUUGCAACAGCAGGAGCAGCAACAACAGCAACAGUUCGAAGAACAGAAUCCCAUGACGCGACCACCGAGACCGGACAGGUUGGACUUGAAAACUCCACCAGUCAAGAAUCGAACUCGUCAUCCGGUCAACUAUUCACAGUAUCCAGAUCCUGAAGAGAUCCAGACAUUGGACGACCCCGUCGAUGGUUCGCAAGAAGUGGCGAAUGUCGCGGCUAUCAUUGAUCCUACUUAUAAUAUGCAUCGUGGCACUUCCAGCAGUUCGAGUAGCACUAUAAGCCCAGUUUACGCCUUGCCGACGCCAUCGCAAGAACUGAUCGACGACGCGCCCUGUUACAUGCCGAUUCAAGGUCAGCGACGAAAUCAAGUCCAAUCGCCGUCCAACGUACACGAGGAGAAGCACAAGCGACGCGUUAAGGACGGAUGUAAGCAUCAGUGAGAGGAAGAAAGGAGGAACGCUACGAAAGAGAAAAGUUGAGAGAUCAGUAUUUUUUUAUAAAAUAUAUUCUAUUCUUUUAUUUUUCGUAUUGUCAUCAAAUGAUGUAAAUUAAUAUAUAGCUAAUUCAUUUCUAAAAAAGAUUAUUGUUUAAAAAGAUAAAUGCAAUUUUGUUGUACAUUAACGAACACAUUUAUUUGAUAUAUGUAUUUACUAUUUACUUUCGAAAAUUUUUCAAGAUUUUUAGAUUAUUUUACAUUGACAGGAUUACUGCCAUACGUAAUGCGACGAUGUAAUUCGCAUUACGCAAACUACCAUGUGCCUUUUAAAGGGCAUAAAAAUCUAAGACGGCCUUGACAACACAAGACAUUAUCUUAGCAAUAAAAGUUACGAUUACUGAUCUAUCCAAAUGGAUAGAUUAUACCGUCCUCGAUUUUGUAUUUACGUUUCUCGUGUCCAUAGUUGUUAUGGAAUAUACGACAUUAGCAUAAAAGUUGCUUUACCAGUGACAAUGCUUUUCGAUAUUAAAAUUUUAACAUUUUUAACAAGAAAGUUGAAGAUAUUGUAGACAAUCAUAGGAUGAUUUACAAGAGAUAUAUAUUGUAACGCACACUUAGAUGUGGCAAAAAAGUAGAAUAUUGAUUGACUGUAAAAGUUUAUCACAGAGUCUCAAUACUUAGAUGAUUCUGAUACAUAAAGUAUAAUUGAAACAUACGAAUAGAUGAGAAAAGAUUAACUUUUUUUCCGAAUCAUACUUCAAUAUUUAAUCGAAUUUAAAUAUCUCUUGUAUUAUUGACAUGUUCAAUUUGUUUCUGCAGAAUGACAUAUGUUUCCACUACAUAUUGUAUACAAAGUUUUUUUAGCUAAUAUACGCGAUAUUAAAUUGAUAAUAAAACUACUUAUAUAUAAAACUUUUUUUUAUAAUUUUUAAAAUAAGAUAGAAUGUAGAGAAAUGACAACACUGCCAAAGAUAACACUAACAUGUUGGCCUUUAAACAAAUAAAAGAAAGUGUUCAUAAAAUGUAAAGAUCUAUAUCAAGCGAUCUAUAUCAUGUUAUAUAUAUUGCAAUCUUUUUCUCCGAACUUUAAAACACGAUGUGAGCAAACUUUAAAAAAUGUUUACUAUUAUACAUAUUAUUAAUUAUAGUAUAUAUCGUGGGAGAAAUGUUAGAAUGCAGGAAAAUCUUAUGAAAAGUUAUAAUUAUUUCCCUCUUUCCUUGCCACCUCAAAAAUAUGUUUAAUUAUCUAUAACUAAAAUGACAAGUCUCAGAAUUCGUCAUUAAUUCUCGAUUAUUAUAAUAGACAUACACGGCCUUGUUUCAUACACUUGCACGUUUACAUAACACACAUACACAAUAUAUUAUUUACUAAUUUAUCUAAGGACUAUUCGAAAGAAUCAGAAUCUGUAUUGAUAGCUUUAAGUAUUUCUCAUAUGUACGUGUAUGUAUAUAUGAGAAUUCAUUUGUAAUAAUGUAUAUUUGUGGUGAUUGGAGUUUUUUGCUCUUUUUUGAUAUAUAUAUAUAUAUACUA